CUGGUAGACAGCGAGCAUGAUGAGAUAGGAAUAUCAAUUACACAUGUUUAUCAUACCUCCGUCUGCUUGACGCCCAAGCUGUCCAAGGUCCUUGAUUAGGGGGGGUUCUAGGAGCAUCGCAUCGUCAACGUCCGUCGUCGAGCAGACCAACAAUUCAACACAAUGUCCAAGAACGCUGCAAUCACCAGCUUCUUCAAGCCGGCCCCACGGGACUCGCAGGACUCUCAAGGGAGUUCCCAGGUUCCCCCAUCUUCAAUCCCACGAUCGCCCAUCAGGGCAGCAAUGUCGCCCUUCAAAAUGCCUGGAACGCCAGGAACGGGUUUCAAAUCAUCACUCCCCAUCAGGUCUCCCGUACCGCCUCCAUAUUCGCCCUUGGCACUUCUGUCAACACCACCAAAGCCCCGAUCUGCGCUGAAGCCGGUACGAGAUCGAAAUGCCGUCAUUGGAGCAUCCGACGAAGAAGAAGACGGCGACAGCGACUUCAUAUCAUCAGACGAUGACCUGCCUGAUCUCUUUGCCGAACCAAAGACCGAAGUCCCCAUGUCCAUUCGAGCAAACGGAAGCCCGACGAAGGGGCCGGCUUCAAAGCGGGUGGCUUCAGCCAAAUUUGUGAUUUCACCCAUCAACUUCAACAAGAAGCACAAGUUCGACAUGAAGGCCAUCUUGAAGCAUACCGAGGCAGACAAGAAGAUCGCAGAAAGCGAAAAGCGAGUUGAGGCACUCAUGGCCGAGGAUGAAGAAGAGGACAACAGACGAGCCGAGCCACUUGCUGUUAAGAAGGAGGGAACCACGCUCCAUGACGACAUGCUGGAUAUGCUGUCCGAAGCGGAGGACAGUCAGGAGGAGACCAAGAAGGAGAAGCUGCUGAGGGCCGUCAAGAGGACGGAAGCCACAAGUCAGCGUAAACAAUGGUACUUCUUUGACGAGAGCCAUGGGCACAAAGUGGUCGACGAUCUGUCCAUAGGCUUCCGGAACAAGUUUCCCCAGCACGCAGCCACCGGUGUUUGGAAAAUCCUGGCGCCACAAAAGGGCAGACUGGAUCUCCUCGAGCGCGGAGUUCCGUACCAUCUCCAGUGCAAACUUCGGAACAUACCCGACGACAUCUUUAUCUGGAUCGUGGACGAAUUACCCUUCGUCAAGACCCGGAGGUUACGAGAAGCCAAUCUCCGACUUCUAGGGAUAUGUCUCGAACAAGCAGGCCGACUCCUCACACCUGACCGUAUCACCCAGUUAUUCCGCACCAUCGGCACACCCAAGCGAUGUAUCGAGACGCCAUCACCAUCAGAAGACGGCACUGGGCAGCAAACGAAGCCCGACCCCGGCCGUCCCUACAACAUCGACCGGGACUGGACCCCUCUCCGCACCGUCCUGCGCAUCCUAUCCGAGACCGCCCACGGCCUGUCCAUUGACUCCCUCACCCGCUCUACGACCCUCCUCCUCCGCCUCGGCAUGGACGCCCUCAUCCGGCGCAACCCGGACCUGCACUCCACCUUUCGACACACCCUCAUCAACCUCGUCGAAGCCGUGCCCUCUUCCUCUUUCGACGCCUUCUGCCUCUCCUGCUGCAGCAGUCUCUACGCCCUAACCACGGACUCCUCCCUCCUCUCGGACGCCCUCCGUGCCCUACCCUACCAAACCCCGAAACUAGUCAACCUCCGCCGCCGCCUAGCGCUCGCCUUCCUCUUCGCCUCCGCUUCCACCUCUCUUUUACCCUCUUUCCCCCCUUCUUCUCUAUCAUCAUCAUCAUCAUCAUCAUCAUCAUCAUCCAAGAAGAUCCCCUCUUCCCCCAUCCAAGAAUUUUCCCUCCACGACCCUUCCCAGACUUUUUCCUUCCCUUUACUUCUCUCCUACCUCGACAUCUCUCCCCACUUUCAGACGACCCGUUCUUCCUCGUCCGCCGAUUACUUUGUUCUCUCGGCCCAAACCGACCUAUUACGCAUAUCCAUCGGCGACGGCGAUCCUCCCCCUCCCUCUUCUUCUUCUUCUGGUUCUGGUUCCCUUCCGUUCCCUAAAUCAACAACAACAACAACAACAUCCACCACAACAACACUAAACCCCGAAACCAAAUCGCAUAACCGCCAAAUCGACCUCCUCACCCGCCGCAUCCGCACUCUUUGGUCCAACAUACACGACCAAUCCGGGUCAACGGCAGAGAUUUCUCGAUUGGAAGCCAAAGUCAAGCUAAAAGACUUGGAGAGAAAAUUGGAGUGGGCGGUUAGGACGAAGCCGGUGAGCAGGACGAAUAUCUUUGGGAUUCGGUCUGCGGGAGGAGGGGCGGGGAUCUUGGGUGGUGGUAGUACUGGGUAUGGGAAGCAGGGGGAGGACGUGGAUAGUGAGGAGGAGAGGGAGCGGGAACAGAGAAGGGAGAGGGAGGGGGUGGAGCAAAAGAUGUUUAUGAGGAGGUUUUUGGGGAAGACGACGGCGGGGGCAGCGAAGACGGAGGAGGCUUGA